CUGGCCCUCAGGAUCCGGCCCCAGCUGGCCAGGGAGAGGAUGGAGGGCUGCCACGUGUGCACGUCUGUGACCCCGGGGGAGCCGCAGGUUUUCCUGGGGAAGGACAAGGCCUUCACCUUCGACCACGUCUUCGAUGUGGACGCCAGCCAGGAAACCGUCUACCGACUCUGCACCGAGCGGCUGGUGGAGGGAUGCCUGGAGGGCUACAACGCCACCGUGUUCGCAUACGGACAGGUGCAGCACUAUUUAUCCCCUUUAACCACUUUAGAGGGACUAGGUGUGGGGAACUGGGCGGUGAUCUUGAACUCUGGGGGGGGGCUUUCCCUGCUGGUUGGCGGUUUCCCGGCGGUUCUGGAUGCCGCUGAACAGAUGCUGAACGGCCCGCGGGACGAUGCCCAGCUCCCCCGGCUGCUCGCUCAGGUCCAGGCCGCAUCCUUACCUCAGGGCCACGCGCACGGAGCUCUCAUCCGGGCCACCGCUCAUGCUGCCGGUAAAAGUACCCGGAUAUACCGCCCUCCUCCCGCAUCUGGAGGCCGGGAACGGGGCCCCUUGUCCGGGGUUCCGGGGGUCACGUGUCCGGGGUUCCGGGGGUCACGUGUCCGGGGCUCCGGGGGUCACCUGUCCAGCGGCAUGGCGGCCGCCUGUGAGUGUUUGUGA